AUGGGGAAAGAAGGGUUUGUGAGUAAGUUUUUUAGAAAUGGGAAUAGCAUCACUUCAAAAUUGAAUCGUUUCUUUGGCAGAAAAGAUCCGAAACAUAGAAACUUUCCAAUCUUAGAAGGUCAUCCUAUUGCACAAGAACAUGCUCAAGGUGCAGCUGAAACUUUUAAAGAUACAACAGACAAGGUUGGAGUUCUGAAGAAGGAAUUCAAGAUAUAUAGAUGGAAUCCAGAUGUGCCAUCAUCAAAACCAUAUCUCCAAUCUUAUUUUCUGGACCUUACUACCUGUGGCCCUAUGGUGUUGGAUGCACUACAAAAAAUAAAGUCCGAAGAAGAUUCAACUUUGAGUUACAGAAGGUCAUGUAGAGAAGGAAUAUGUGGCUCAUGCUCCAUGAACAUUGAUGGCGUCAAUACUGUUGCUUGUUUAAAGCCCAUUGAUCCGGAUACAACUAAGCCUACGUUUAUUACUCCUCUUCCUCAUAUGUUUGUUAUCAAAGACUUGGUUGUCGAUCUCACCAAUUUCUAUAACCAAUACAGGUCAAUUGAGCCAUGGUUGAAGACAAAGAAGGCAGCACCGGAGGGAAGAGAGCAUAGACAGUCGCCGUCGGACAGGAAAAAGCUGGAUGGGUUGUACGAGUGUAUUUUGUGUGCCUGUUGUAGUACAUCUUGUCCUUCGUAUUGGUGGAAUCCUGAAGAGUUUCUUGGACCUGCUGCAUUGAUUCAUUCUUAUAGAUGGGUAGCUGAUAGCCGGGACGACUUUACGGAGGAGAGGUUGCAAGCAUUGACUGAAAAAGAAACGAAGUUGUACAGGUGCAGGACAAUAAAGAACUGUACAGCUUGUUGUCCUAAGAGUUUAAAUCCUGCAAGUGCCAUCAACAAGAUGAAGGCUAUGCAGUCUUCGCUCUAUACCUGUUGAUAAGGUCGAAAGAAUGGACACUGCCUAGCUAGGUAGUUGCAUAAACGUCACUGUUAAUGGUGUAUUAAUAAU